CAAUUUUAUUGUUUUUCUGUCAUUUUCUAAAAUUAUCAUCAUUUUAAUCAAUACUCAAUUUACAUAUUAUUUAAUUUAUAAAUUCAAUAUCAGGACAAAAGGCCUAAUUUAAAGGAAGGAAUGGAUGCGAAAGAAUUGUUGAGAUGCGAGAGGAGUGCUAUCCGUCUGGCCAUCGAAGCCGGAGCUAUGAUGACUGCGGCGUCCGGUCGUAACAAAGAGAUCGCCGAAAAGGAUUCGUUCGCCGAUUUGGUCACCGAAACGGAUAAAGCGGUCGAAAAGUUCUUAUUCAACGAAUUGAAGCGAUUGUUUCCCGACUUUCGCUUCAUUGGCGAAGAGACGAGCUCUCGGGUCGGACUCACAGCAGACCCGACUUGGAUUAUAGACCCGAUCGACGGUACCAUGAAUUUCGUGCACACCUUUCCCUGUACUUGCGUUUCCAUCGGUCUGACCGUCAAUAAGGUUCCUGUUGUGGGUGUGAUCUACAGUCCAUUUCUAGAUAAACUCUAUACGGCCCGCAAGGGAUCGGGCGCUUACUGUAACGGUCGGCCCAUAUCUGUCAGCAAAAACUGCAAUUCCCUGUCGGAAGCGCUUCUGUUGUGUGAGUUCGGGAACCAAAGGGACGACGAGAAGAAGAACGCCGUGUUUCGUAAUCUGGAAGCCGUCGGUUGGCUCGUUCACGGCGUCCGGUGUAUGGGUUCAGCCGCUCUCAACCUGUGCUCUGUGGCCGACGGCUCGGCUGAUGCCUACUGGGAGUUUGGUCUUCACGUGUGGGAUAUGGCUGCCGGCGCUGUUAUCGUCACUGAGGCCGGAGGUGUUGUAAUGGAUACAAAGGGAGGGCCCGUCGAUAUCAUGAACCGUAGAAUAUUAGGCGCCUGUUGUGACAAAAUAGGCCAUGAGUUGAGUGCCGCUCUUCCCAUACAUUUAGACUUAGAGAGCGAUUAAAAUUCUAGUCUU